UUGUUGUUUUUUUAAGAUCUUCCCACACUCGAAAGUUCUGAUCGAAACAAACUGAAGAAUACAGAAUACAGUGAGUGAAUGAAUGAAUGAAUGCAAUGAAUGAAGCCAACAAUCGGAUAAAUGAGUGCAAAGAAUCGAAUUAUCGAUUCCUAUAUCGAGAGAGCAGUGGCAGCUCAAGAACCAUUACGAGUAUGUCUGGUCUACUACACUGUGCAUCAUCGUCGUCUGUGCAUCAUCUGUGCUACUAUCCGUUCGGUCUUCUGUUCGUUCGCUAUGCUAAUUCAGCGGCUAUCAGCGCCAACUACGGACAUUGAUAGUUCUUACUAGUUUAUCAAUCUACCAAUCUAUGGUUCAACUAAUCAAAUACAAAUACAAUACAUAAUCAAGUACGAAAACUCAGCUCACAGUCAGGGUCCGAGUCAGAGUCACACGGAAUGCAAUAAGCUGCCUGUGCACGCAAAUUCUCAUAUCAUCGUCUAACCGCCUCUCCUAUCCUAUGUUGUAUCAACUACAAGGCUCCAGGGCUACAACUGCAAAACUAUAGCCGUCAACCGAAAAGCAAUCUUAAUAAAACCUACAGCUCGUCAAGGUUGGCGUUCAACAAAAACAAAACAUACUUAUGACCACGAAUAGUAAAUAGUAGAUACUGCAAAAGUUUUGAAUACCCGGUACACGAAAGUGGAGCGGCCGUCGUCGUGGACAUGUCCUUUCUGUAUAAAGACCUAGAAAUUGGAUGCACCCCCGACCCCCCACUCAAUCGAUUCAUUGAUCUAUGCUGAACAGUAGAAGUAAUUGUAAUCUAACGGCAACUGCCAACACUGACCAUUAACCAACACUAGUGGGGCAGCAGCACUGCCCAGCACUGCAAAGACCUUCAGAGCGAGAGAGAGAGAGAGAGUAACGUACCGGGUAUGAAAUAGUCGAUGCACUCGAUUAUCGGUACAAUCCUUUCGACAGAACAUUUGGCCAAGGAAAAAUGUAGCUAGACGACAAAUUAUACAAGCAAAGGCGAGAAACGAGAGCCGCAGGAGAAGGAGAGGGAGAACUUUUGCAUACAAAAUCGAAACCAAGACGAAACAAUAAUUAGAAUUAAAAUUGACAACAAAAAUUAGCUGAAAACAAGCAAACAAAAAACAAAACAAAACAAAAGAAAAACCCCCAGAGGAGAGGAUGAAAACGCCCAUUGUGAUUCUUAAUUUUAGACAUUAGGCCAAGAGAAGCAAAAACUCAACAAAAUACAAAAUUCAAGAAGGGAAACUAUAGAGAAAGAGCAAAAAUAAUCCUUCGAAUGAUAUCAAGCAAGGAAAAGGCAUGAUAGAGCCAUAUAGCGCAGGAACCGCGCAGGAUCAGGCAGUAUCAAGGGAGAGAAGCAAUAGAGAGGGCUACGACUAAUCGCAGCGGCCUAAAAAGAGAUAGGAAAACGACCAAAGGCUGCUGCUGCCCAAGGAGCAAGAAAUAGCAUGCAAUAGCAACGCCAGCCGCCCAAAAGGACAACAACAAUUCAAAGUUCAAUUCCAUCCAAAUCGAACGGCAAGAUACGGUUGCCAAGGGUUAUUCAAUGCGGAAAGGCGUCCUAGUCGGCCUCUGAAUAACAUUUCCUCCUCUCAAGCAACAGGAAAAGGAACAGAAACUGGAACUGGAGCUGGAAACAGAAUAUUGGAACUGCCAGGUUUCUUUUUCGUUCGGAAAAGUCCUCGACCCCGAUCCCGAUCCCGAACCCAACAUCGAUUCCGACAACAACAGCAGCAACAGACCAAUCGCGAGUGAUUCCCUUCAAAUUUUGGUGGUGUUAUUUGAUUAUUAUUUUGUUUUCGCUUCGAUCAUUUUGAUCGGAGGCUAAAGCUGCUGUCAAAGCUGCUACUACUGCCACAGUCAGAGUGCAAAGAGAGCCGCCAAGAUGACUAUGUGGCAGAGUGGCGGCAUGGGAGGCCAUGGCUCCCAGAACAAUCCAUGGAUGAAGCUGAUGGGCAUCGUGCACAAGGAGCGACGCCACACGGAAAACGUCCAGAGUCAGUCCGGCUCCAACGAGCGCAACCUUAAUCAGUCUUUGCCCAAAUUGAGCAGUCAAGACGAAGAAGGGGGGGCUGGUCAUGGCUUUGGUGGCGGACCGCAACACUUUGAACCCAUUCCUCACGAUCAUGAUUUCUGCGAGAGAGUCGUUAUAAAUGUAAGCGGGCUGAGGUUUGAGACACAACUACGUACGCUUAACCAAUUCCCGGACACGCUGCUCGGGGAUCCGGCUCGGAGAUUACGGUACUUUGACCCGCUUAGAAAUGAAUAUUUUUUUGACCGUAGUCGACCGAGCUUCGAUGCGAUUUUAUACUAUUAUCAGAGUGGUGGCCGACUACGGAGACCGGUCAAUGUCCCUUUAGACGUAUUUAGUGAAGAAAUAAAAUUUUAUGAAUUAGGUGAUCAAGCAAUUAAUAAAUUCAGAGAGGAUGAAGGCUUUAUUAAAGAGGAAGAAAGACCAUUACCGGAUAAUGAGAAACAAAGAAAAGUCUGGCUGCUCUUCGAGUAUCCAGAGAGUUCACAAGCCGCCAGAGUUGUAGCCAUAAUUAGUGUAUUUGUUAUAUUGCUAUCAAUUGUUAUAUUUUGUCUAGAAACAUUACCCGAAUUUAAGCAUUACAAGGUGUUCAAUACAACAACAAAUGGCACAAAAAUCGAGGAAGACGAGGUGCCUGACAUCACAGAUCCUUUCUUCCUUAUAGAAACGUUAUGUAUUAUUUGGUUUACAUUUGAACUAACUGUCAGGUUCCUCGCAUGUCCGAACAAAUUAAAUUUCUGCAGGGAUGUCAUGAAUGUUAUCGACAUAAUCGCCAUCAUUCCGUACUUUAUAACACUAGCGACUGUCGUUGCCGAAGAGGAGGAUACGUUAAAUCUUCCAAAAGCGCCAGUCAGUCCACAGGACAAGUCAUCGAAUCAGGCUAUGUCCUUGGCAAUAUUACGAGUGAUACGAUUAGUUCGAGUAUUUCGAAUAUUUAAGUUAUCUAGGCAUUCGAAGGGUUUACAAAUAUUAGGACGAACUCUGAAAGCCUCAAUGCGGGAAUUAGGUUUACUUAUAUUUUUCUUAUUUAUAGGCGUCGUACUCUUCUCAUCGGCGGUUUAUUUUGCGGAAGCUGGAAGCGAAAAUUCCUUCUUCAAGUCCAUACCCGAUGCAUUUUGGUGGGCGGUCGUCACCAUGACCACCGUUGGAUAUGGUGACAUGACACCCGUCGGCGUUUGGGGCAAGAUUGUGGGAUCACUGUGUGCCAUUGCUGGUGUGCUGACAAUCGCACUGCCGGUGCCGGUUAUCGUCAGUAAUUUCAAUUACUUCUAUCACCGCGAAACGGACCAGGAGGAGAUGCAGAGCCAGAACUUUAAUCAUGUCACUAGUUGUCCAUAUUUGCCAGGUACACUAGUAGGUCAACACAUGAAGAAAUCGUCGUUGUCCGAGUCCUCAUCGGAUAUGAUGGAUUUGGAUGAUGGUGUCGAGUCGACGCCGGGAUUAACUGACACACAUCCUGGACGUUGUGCAGCUCAGUUUAUGGGUGACCAGCAGCAGCAGCAACAGCAGCAGCCAGCAUCAUCGACUUCGAUGUCGAUGUCGCUCGAUAAGCAGCUCCAGCAUCCCCUGCAGCAGUACCCACUGCAGCACCCACUACAGCAGCAGCCGUACCAGACGCAGACGCAGGCGCAACAGCAGCAGCAUCAGCAGAACGGCUUCAAGCAGCAGUCCACAAUAAGCACGAGCGCGGCGGCAACAACGAGUAGCGCCAGCGCCAGCGGCAGUGGCAGCGGGUCCACCACCCUCACCAUGAGGCACAAUAAUGCCCUGGCCGUUAGUAUCGAGACCGAUGUUUGACUACUGGUGCGAAAGACGAUUAGUGGUAUAAAAUUGGCCUUGACAAGAGUUAUGUUGGAUGCCAGAAACGACUACAAAGAAAGCUGUUUGUAUUUAAUUUAAGUAGAACAAAUAACAAAACAAAUUUAAUCUAUGGCUAAAUUAAUCUAAAUCCUAAUUUACAUUUAAAUUACAUUUAAUUAAAUUCUAAACUUAAACUUAAACGUGAACAACACAAAAGCAAGAGCAUACCCCAAACCAAACAAACCCAAAAAAAGGAAAUCAAGUAAAAAUCAUCUCGAUCAAGGAGAGUGAAACAGUCGAGGGACCCUAUAUGUACAUAAUAUGGCAUACAUAUAACCCAGGCAUUGUCUAACUAAAACUAUAAAAACCAUAAAGAUAAAAGUAAAAGAGAGCAUAAACAUCGAACGAGCUGGCGGCAGCAGAUGAUAAGGCCAACAUAAACUAAAUCAAAGAUUUUUCAUCUAAUUCAUUGAAUAACAGAACUAGCCCUGCAUAAUCCGACCUCAGAACUGUAAAUAAGUCAAUAAAUCAUUACAAAUAUUAACACACAAACUAAAAACUAAAAACCAAAAAGCUGAUCAAAGAAGAGCACAGAACAGAUCGAAGCGCAGCACGGAAAAAGCAUAACUACUGCUUUUCGGGGAACACUUGAAGACAGGCAGUCCGUAUAGUAUAGGGGGAAGCAGCUUAAAUAGAAAGAAAGCAGUACAGUGUACUGCUAUAAGCAACAAAUUCAAGCCAACACAGUCUGUCCAAACCGAAAGCAGUCCGCAGUUCCGAUAGAAGGAAAGCAGUCCAGCUAGAAUGCAAGCAGUCUCUCCAAGCCGGAAGUGACAGGCAUACAAAUCACACAAACACAGUCCACUUGCAUACACGCCCACACACACACCAACACUGAACUAAAAGUAUAGAAAAACUGCCGUAAUAUUUAACAAACCCAAUGUGUAUAGUGAUUAAUCAAAACAAAAGGGAGAAGCAUACCAAAUGCAAACGAGAUUCGAUGCAAUAUCUGCUUUUAAAUGUGACAGGAAAUAUAUAGCCUACAAAUAGAUAACUAACCAACUAACUGAAGUAACUAAUCGAUAAGCCUAACCACAGCAUAUACGUGCAUUUAUAUAUGUGUAUGUGUACCACUAAGACAACAAACACUAAAGACCCUCGGUCCUAGUCGGGAUCAUCAAUCCAUCGAUUUAGUUGCGAGGAUUUUGUUUUUUGACUAAAGCUUCAGGGAAAUCUCUAGCCCUCCAAUGGCCACCCACACCCACCCAUUCGCCCACUAACCAAACCAAACCUAAACUAAACUAACCUACUGAACCCAUAUCAGCUGACGAACAGAACCUGCGAUUCUUCUGCUUCGAUCCCCCCGAAUUAAAUCGAAAUAAAAAGUACAAAUAUUCAACUAAACCAAAAACAAAUGAAAUUAACAUAAAUAAUACAAUAUGAUUGCUGCAGAGCAAGAGCAAUUUUUGUUGUUGUUGUUUGGUGGACGGAAAAAACGACUGUAAUUAAACUACAAAAACAGCAUUAAUAACUAAGCAUUAAUCCAAAUCCACAUCCAACGGAUAUCCAAGUCACAGAUCAGCUCAACCGCAAUAACAAACAAAACAUAAUGAGAGUAAUGGAAAACAAAACAGAAAACGCUCUUAUGAUUUUAUAAUAAAACCAUAUUAUAUAUUUAGAGGCCCAAAUGACCGACCAUGUUCAGAUGAAAAGAGAUAUAAAUUUAAAAAACAAAACCAAAAAAAAGCAACAAAAAAAAGGAGAGAAAAAUGUUAACUAAUUAAAGAUGAGCUACUCCCGAGAACCUGCCUGGGACAAGCUCCAUCAACUUCUUCAACUGGAUUGCAUAGGCUGCAAGGACCUCCCACACCUCUCACACCAACGCUCCCACAACACGCAUGUACACCUUACACACACACAUACAUACACAAACAUACACAUAGACAGAAAAAACGAGAAUAAAAAAUAUAUAGAGAAUUAAAAUCGUUGACUGAAACUACGCAAAUUCCAAUUUUGCAUAAAAUGUAUAAAUAAUGAAAAAAUGAAAAAAAGAAAAAAAUUUAUAUAUACAUAUAUAUGAGUGUGUGUUAGUAGAUACAUAUACAUACAUAUAUAAAACCUGUAUAUAAAAAGGAACCAGCCGUUGUAUAUUGAAGAAAAAAAAAAGAAGAAAACCCAAACAAAAAAAAAACGAGUAAAUUUUAAAAGCUUCGAAAACCGUCCACGCACACAUACAACAUUUACAUACACACGAAGAUCAGAAUGGGGGGAAUGGAAAUUAGCGGGGAGAGGGUUGAGGGAAAUGCAAAUAAAGGAACACUAGCUCUGUAGCUAAUCCCACACCCCCUCCGUCGAUCCCACUGCCAGCCACUGCCCUCUCCAUCUCCCAUCUUCCAUCCGAUUCCAGCCGAUCCCAUCCCUUCGCCAAUCCAACCCUGGUUCCCCGAUCCCCAGUUAACUGCAAUACAGAAGAAGAGGCUAACCGAACAAUAACACUUUUCCAAGCGCCGCAGAGGGCCCCGGCCAAGCAGGCAGGGGCGAUCGAACUCUGUGUACAAAUGAAAGGCCAUCUCUCGGCUGCAAGCUAAGCUUCAGCCCGAGUCCGAGUCUGAGUUCGAGUUCGAGUUCAAGUCCGUGGUCUACCCUACCCGUGGUUCCCCUUAGUAGUCUGCCUAUAACUGCUGUAAAUACUCUCCAAGCAAAGCGGAAGAAAGGAACAUAAAUCAUCAAUGAACGAUCCUGCAAAUGCUUUUUUGUACAAAACAAAAUCUUAACACUACUCUAUAAUUAUAAACGAUAAAUAAGUAAUAAUAAAACAAAGAAGAACAAUGAGAAAAAAAAAGCUAAGAAAACGAAACUAUGAAUCCGAAAGCAACACACAUGCAAAUGUCAUUUAGUUGUUCUGUAUUUAGCCAUACCAGAGUCCUUGUAUCUGUAGGAAGUAGGAAGGCAUGUUGAGGAAUGAGAAUGAGAGAAACGCAAACACCAAAAGGAGAAUAAGGAGGAGAGUAUAGGGUGAAGGUGAGAAGAUGGGAGCAACAGGGGAAAUAUGGAUAAAACGAAACAGAUCCGCUUAACUAAGUUUAGACUAUGAUUUAGGGCGGGGCAGAGGACAGAAUUUUAGCGUAAUAGAUACAAGAUACCAGAUACAAAAUACAAAAUACCACAUAGCAGAUAGCAGAUACAAAGGGCCGAAUGUAAAGUAAGGUUGUUUUUUUUCCUAGCCUUAAUCUAGACAAUUGAAUAAAUUUAGCGAACGUAUGAUAAUUGUAAAUGAGCCUAAGGAUUUCCAAUGUAUAGCAGGACAUAGAAUUCGCGUUUAGUUUUAUUCUUAUGAUUAUGAUUCUGAUUAUACGUUCAUACUCGUAAUGUUAUUUUCCUACAUCUUAAGACUUUGAUUUAAUCACAAAACUGAGCCACUAAAAUUACCUUAAACACACACAAAACAAGCAAAAAAGUAAAAAAAACAAAAAAAAA